CAGAAACAAGGAUUGGCUGCUGUAAAAUGCUCAUGGUUCGGCUCCUGCCCGGGGUCCGGGUCUCAGCUCCCGGGACGGUCCUGGGCUUCCUCUGCCUGUCGACUGUGCUGAGAGCAGCCCCCGAGUUUUCAGGCUACCUGAAGAAGAUUCUGAAGAACCACACGGUUCACGCGUGUGAUGGAGAGCAGCUGGGGGUCACCUGUCCCCACAGGACCACCAUCAGCAUCCUCUCAGCGUUUUAUGGUCGGCGGAUCCCCAGCCAGAACCUCUGUCCCGCCCCGGGAAGCUCGGCCCGUGAGAGCAUUGACUGCCAGUCAGUCACAGCUCAACAGAAGCUUCUAGAUGAAUGUCAAGACCAGCAGUGGUGCCAUUUGUCAGUGAACAGCCGUGUGUUCGGUCCAGACCCUUGUACUGGGACCCACAAGUACUUGAUUGUUUCCUACAAGUGUAGACCAGAGAACCAUCGAACGAAGACCGUGUGUGAAAAUGCCAAGCUGAGGUUGCAGUGCCGCAACAGCUCCAUCCUGGCAAUAUACUCAGCCCGUUAUGGGAGGUUCCUACAGGGAAAACUGGAGUGUGAUUCCAAGAACCAAACCAUGCCUGACAUAGAAUGCCUAGCUCCAGGAGCCUUGAGGAGAGUUUCCAGGAAGUGUCACAGGAAGGAGAACUGCACCAUAUUUGCAGAUAUGGCCACUUUUGGUAAUCCCUGUUUCCCAGGAGUGAAGAAGCAGCUGAGAGUCUCUUACAUGUGUGUGCCCAAACAGUUGCUGCAGCAAGUGGACCUGGGGUCUCCAGAUCCAUUUUCUCUCUCAGACUACACCCACGGUGGAUGGUAUAAAGGUCCCAGAGUGUUCAAACUACAUGAAGAUGUGGUGAUUGUUACUAGUUCUCUGGAAGUGCUUGUCCAUAUUUGGGGCAUCCCAGAGAAACUGGGACUCUACUUCCUUUGUGGGGUCUCCGCAGGCCUCGUCUUCCUGCUCUGCGUCUUUGCCCCCAAAAUGGCCUUCAUUCAGGAUGUGAAGGAAGCUUUCUGGGACCUGAAGAUCGGAGGAGAAACCAAGUUGGGUAGGACCAAGCUGCAGGAUCAAGAGGAGGACGACAACCACAAUGACGACAGCUCAUCGGAUUCCUCCUUCCACCGGCUUACCCGCAUCUAUCGAGCUUCAGACAACAUCUUCGGCCCGGAACUGACUGCGGCUCUGGAGGGGGCUGCUGAAGAGAGGGGCCAGGAGGGAGAUGAGAUAUGGAUGCCCAAGGAGUCCAGCCCAUAUGCAAUUCACAAAAUCAAAUCCGCCACCAAAUGAAGCAGUGUGGCCUAGUAGAAAGAGCCCAGAUCUGGCAGUCAG